GCGAGUGUGGCCAUACAGCGCGUUAUCUGAAUUCUUUUUUAUUUACUGAAACCUAAUAUUAUGUAGCUUUAUUACUACAAACAUUGCUAUAAACAAAAUUAAAGAUGAGUUCUGCCAGCAAGGUUGGUGAGAUCUUCACUGCAGCUGGUACAGCUUUCAGUAAGUUAGGAGAACUAACCAUGCAACUUCAUCCUACUGGAGAACCCAGUCCAAGUGGUGGAAAAUGGACAGAUGAGGAAGUAGAUCUAUUGAGAUCAGCUGUCAAACAGUUUGGUGAUGAUUUGAAUAAAAUAAGUGAAGUUAUUAAAAAUAGAACGAUAUCACAGAUAAAGAAUAAAUUAAAAAGAAAAGCGUAUGAUGAUGCUGGUUUACAACCCCCAACAGAAACAACUAGUAGUAACAUGGUACAGAAAACAGUUUCCUCACAACAUAUAUCAGAACAUCAGACGAAAAAACAGAAAACUUCAGAUGUGACGUUAAGUGCAUUAAAUGCCCCAGAGAGUGAUGUAGAUAUUGAAGGCUUGGGAGAAUCUUCAGCAUCUAAAAAAUUAGAUUUUGAUUCAGAUGUUGAUUCCAGCUUGUUGUGAUGUUUAUUUGUUCUGAUUUUAAAGUGUUUGUAGAUGAAAAUACAAAACAAAGACAUUUUCAGAUUUUUAACUUGAUAUUGAUACUCAUUGUAAAUACUACAAUCAAAGAAAACCAUUCAUUAUAUAAAAUUCCAUAUAGAGCUCAUUUUGGAUACUACUUUCUGAGUGAAAUAAAUGGAAAAAGGUCAGCUCUUGCAGAUCUUAAUUAUUGAAUUCUUCAAGGUGUUGGCUGUCCUUAAAGAUGGGUUCCCUUAUUUUCAUUUAUGAAAACGAAAGUGCUAAUACUUAUAUGAAUAGAAAGUAGAGGUGUUCUAAUGACUUGAAAAAAUAAGUUAUUCAUAAUUAGCUAAUUAGAAGAGAAUUACCAGCAGAAUUCCAAUGAGUGACCGAUCAAGAAAGGUCAAAAGUCUUUUUUUGUUUAUCCGGACAUACAUGUACAUUUAUGAUUGGUUAAAACUCUUUGAGAACAUAAUGAUAUGAUUAAGAAUACAUGAUAAUUCAUUAGAAACACCAACUAAUCAAAUAGUUUGACACUAGAAAAUAAGGAAACCCAUCGUUAAUAGAUAAGGAUUAUAAUAUAUAGUACUCAGAAAUCAUUGUUGUAUUUGAAGGGGGUUGAGUUUUGAUGUUCAGAAAAUCCACAAAUUCAUGUCUCAAUAUUUAUUUAUGACAAUUAGUUUGUUGCAAAAAGAAAUAUUUUAUUUGAUAGAUCAAGUACUAUACUUGAUGAUGUUUUUGUAAGCUAAGAUUUUAAGUUACUGCUGGGCUUCGAUCAUUAUUUUCAUUAAAGGUCAACAAAAAUAUGAAAGAAAUUUUGCAGCAAUGAGACUUGGCCUUUCUGACAUAAGAUAUUUCUGCUGUUAUGUCAAUGGCCUUGAGUCAUGUAAUUUUCAUCUUCAGAAUGUCUUAUACCUUGACUGUAAUAAUCACUAUUCUUGUAAUAAGGAAACCAGCAAUUUGAUUGAAUUGUAAUUCAGCAAAUACAACCAAUCAGAGCCCUCAACAGAAUCACCGUAAACUUUAUUUCUUACUGCUUACAGACUUUCUGUCAAGGACUCUGAUUGACUAAAUUUGCCAAAUCACUGCAUUUAAAAACUUUCAGGAUACAAGAUUAGUGGCAAAUGCAGUCAAGGUAUAAGACAAAGUUUGUAAUAGCUUGUUACUGUGAAGAUGUGUAAAUAUAACAUUAAGAAUAGUAGUAACAGUAGUAGUAGUUAGCUAAUUUAUAUAUAUUACCAUUUCUCAUAUUCGUACUUUUAACAUUCAAUAUUAAAACACCUAUCUUAUAUUUCUAUACUUUAAGGGGGGCUGUGAAGACUUUUGUAUGUAUAUCGGAGGACAUUUUUGUCUUCUUACUUCAUUCCAAUUUUAUGUCUAUAGUUCCUGUAAUUAUAGAAAUGCUUAACCAAAUAUGGUGUCACUAUUACUGCUAAUUACAUCUAAAGGUUUUUGUGAUAGUCAUAAAAGGCUUAGUAUUAGAAUGGUGCAAACUGAUGCUAUCAGUGUACCUGAUUCACAUAAAAAGUUCAGGAAUAAUCUUAAAAAGCCCUUUCAGGUCACUGUAGAUGUUGCAUCAUUUAAAUUUUUGCUUAAAUGUAAACUUAAGUGAAGAAUAAAACUGAUUAUGGAAAUAUAAAAUUGGGUAUUAUAUGUCUUCUAAGUGAUAUGGUGAUCUAAAUAUUCAUUUUACCAGCUGAUAAAUCUUUUUUUAUCUUUGUCCAGAAAUGUAGAAAAAACGGACAAUAGUCAUUAACCAUAUUUUGACUAGCUGAUAGAGCUAGUGAAAUAAAUAUCUAGAUGACAGCAUCACUUAAACUCUCAAUUCAUUUGUUAUUUAUUCCUGAUAAAGUAUGUGUUAGGUGAUUUUAAUAGCGGCGGCCAUUAUUUGUUGUAGUUUACUAUUAGUUGUUAGUGGAAUGUUACAUUAAUUCUAAAUAUUUUCUUCAUCAUUAGACCAUUUUAUUUUAUCAUUAAACAUUUAAUCUUAAUAUUU